AUGGAUCCAAGAUUGAUUUGGGUUACUCAGUCAGGUAGCGUUGAUGCUUUAUAUUCUCUUAUUAUUCAAAAGGAUCCGUGUAUUCUUCAAAACACGGACGUUUUACCAUUCACCCACACUCCUCUUCGUGAAGCUUCGUCUACCGGGAAGAUAGACUUGGCGAUGGAGCUGAUGAUUCUUAAGCCAUCUUUUGCCAAUAAAUUGAACUCGGAUGGGUUUAGUCCUUUGCAUCUCGCUGUGGAAAACCACCAAGUUGAGUUAGCUCUAGAGCUACAGCUAGUUAAGUUUGAUCCCAACCUUGUUCCUAACAAGGAUUUGUUCCCAAUCCUUGUUCAAUCUCUUGGCAAAAGAUGGAUUAAGAAAGAUAAGGGUAUGGGUCUUGUAGUAAAAAAGGUGACGUCGAUCAUCUUACCGAGUUUCAUGUCUUAA